AUGGAUAUCCAGCCAUCUUUUGUAAAAGAAAAACUCCUCUCCAGUAUGAACACAACUCCAGAAUGUAUUUUCCCUGUGCUCACGAACUGCUCACCAGGCAAGAACCAGACAGAAGUCCAAGCGGCAAUCCACAAGGUUACGCUGGCCACCUGCAUCUUGCUGCUCAUGCUGGUCUUCUGUCUGGGAUCCUAUGGAAAUCUAAUUGUCUUUUCCUCCUUCUUCAAUCCAGCUUUCAGGAAAUUUAGGACGCAUUUCGAUUUCAUGAUCCUCAACCUGUCUUUCUGUGACCUCUUCAUCUGCCUCAUCGCCGCCCCCAUGUUUGGUUUUGUGAUGUUUUUCGAUAACCAGGAUAGCAUGUCAGACACCUUCUGUUUCGCAUUCCACCUCACCAGCACAGGGUUUGUCAUAAUGUCUUUGAAAACGGUAGCUGUGAUUGCUGUCCAUCGUCUGCGGAUGGUGCUUGGGCAGCAAUCGAACCACUCCUCCUCCUUUGUCUGUACACUCCUGCUCACUAUCGUCCUGUGGAUCAUCAGCUUCACCCUGGCCACAUUGUCGGCUAUGACAAAGUACCACAGCUCCAAGAUCUGUGUCCCGCUGCUUGGGCUCAUCAAUGAAGAUGGCAAGGCCAUUUUAUAUACAUACGUAGUGGACUUCACCCUCUGUGUGGGCAUCGUUGCAAUUUCCUACGCCCUGAUUGCUCAGACUCUGCACAAGAAUGCACAGGUACGGCGUUGCCCCGUCAUUACAGUGGUUGACCCCAAAAAGCCUAACUGCUUUGUCCCUCCAGAUGGAUCAGGGCCCUCUUUGUACAGAAAGCAGGAGCGCAACAAACAACCCCGUGUGCAGACACACCUAUAUACACACAGCGAAAGCAAAAAUGCUACCUCUUCCAACAAGAAGCUGGAACAGACUGUGAACCUUUCAGCUGUGAAGGACUCCAAAGCAGUCGUGACCUGCGUUAUGAUACUGCUCUCGGUGGUCUGCUGCCUGCCGCUGGGUGUAGCUCUGGUGCACGAUGUCUUAACCUCCGAGAGCAGUUUUAUCAUCUAUCAGUUCGAGCUGUGUGGAUUAACCUUGGUGUUCUUCAGGUCCGGCCUCAAUCCAUUUAUCUAUUCCCGCAAUAACUCUGGCCUCCGCAAGAAGGUGGCUUGGUGCAUGCAGCUGGUGGCCCUCCUGCUGUGCUGUAAGCAAAAAACGAGGUUGAAAGCAGUCGGGGAUGGCAGCCUGGUCGUGAACAGGAACAAGUCUUCUCACCACGAUACCAAUUCGGCCUACAUCCUCUCCCCCAAGUCACAGAAAAAACUCGUAGACCAGGCCUGCGGGCCAAGCAAUUCAAAAGAUAUCUUCACGUCUGUUGAACAUCAGCAAAAAGCACAGAGUGCCUCCACCCCAAUCAACACCAGGAUAGAGCCAUACUACAGUAUCUACAACAGCAGCAUAUCCCAGGAAGGGAGCACUCCUACAAGCUUGCAGCCCAGGAGAUACACUUUCGGCUCUGCCCAGUCCUACACUGGAAUGUACUACCACAUCUCAAAAACAUCAGACUUCAUGCAGGACUGUGACAGCACUUCAGUAAAACAUAUUCCCAUUCCAUCUGUCUAGGCCAAUCAU